CUCGUGAAACCGCUCUCUCCGAGCUCGAAGUUGUGAGCGAGUACCGAAGCGUUUGGGCGUCCCUUCUGGAGAGCACAAGACUGACAAUGGAGGCGAUUUCAGCGUUUCAACAGAAUGGCUUUCGUCCCGAGACUUUGCUCAACUUCACGCCGCUCGACAAGCCGGCGCAGCAGCACAUUAGCAAGGUCUAUGCCGUCCUCGCAGCUGGUACAGUACCCACUCACUGACUUGACUGCACACACACGGGAUUCGUUCACAGUGCUCAGAGCGUGUUCUUGUCUGUUGCUUGGGUACACGUGUGUUGGCUGACAUGACAGGUGUGGUGUCUACGGCGGUGGGUGUGUGGUUCCACACCAACGUGAUGGCACUGGGCGGGCUGGUGAGCGGCCUGGUGAGCAUUGGCUGCUUCAUUGCCAUCCUCACAAGCAAGAGCCACUAUGACGCCAAGAACGUGAGUGCACUGCAGUGCGUGGGCAGCACAAGUGGGCUGGGCGUGUGUCUAUCCGUCUUUGCAUCAUCUUUGUGUGCCUAUGUGCCUAUGUGCCUGUGUGUGUGUGUGUUUGUGUGAUUAGGUGAUGUCAAGCCACCGGCUUGCAUACUUCGUCGGCUUCACUUUCUGCAAGGGGAUGUCCAUCGCCGGACUCAUUCACAUGGUAGGGAGGCGUAUACAUAUGGUCAACGCCGCAUCGUCAGUCUGUCAAGCCUUUCCAUGCGUGUGUCUGUGUGUGCGCGUGUGUGUGUUCAGGCGGGUCGCAUUGACCCCAGCAUAGUGCCCACGGCCAUCUGCGGCACACUGGCAAUCUUCGCGUGCUUCUCGGCGGCCGCCCUGUGCGCUAAACGACGGUGAGGCCGUCGGAUGGGGUGUGUGUGUGCGUGUGCAAUAAUGUUGUGGGGCUGUUCGUCCGUGUGUACAGUCAGUUCAUCUUCCUGGGUGGCGUCUUGGGUUCGUUCGUCUUUUACCUCUCAAUGGCGUCAAUCGCAAACAUUUUCUUCCGGUGCGCACCAACACCGCCAACACAUACACAUACACAUACCGCUGUGGACGCAGCGCAUGUAUUACAUGUGUGUUUGUGUUUGUGUUUGUGUUUGUGUGUGUGCAGAUCACGUUUCGUAAUGGACGUAAACCUCUAUGGAGGGCUGAUGAUUUUCAUGGGGUGAGGGAGGGAGGGAGGGAGGGAGACGCUAUUUGUUUGUGUGCGUCGUUCAUGUGUGCACCUGUCUCUUUGUGUGUGUGUAUGUGUGUGUGUAGGUAUGUGAUCUACGACACACAGAUGAUCGUCGAGCAGUACUACGCCGGCAAGAAAGACUUCCUGGUGCGUCGAUGCGGUGCACACACAACCACAUGGAACACAGAAAGAGCCACACCAACCAACACACGUACAUCUCCGUCUGUUUGUGUGCCUUGCCUGCAGGUUCAGGCUUGUGAGCUGUAUGUGGACAUGAUCGCCAUCUUCAUCCGCCUCCUCAUUAUCCUGUGCGUACUAAACACACACACACACGCUACUCACUAUACCGACCCACCCACGGUGUGCCUGUGGGUGUGUCGCGGCAGGAUGCGCAACGCCGAGAAGAAGGAGGACCGCAAGAAGCGCCGCUCCUAGCUGAACGAACGAACCAACGAACCAACGGAUGAUCAAUCACCACCAAGCCCAUGUCAUGUCUGCCCGACGGUGUAGAUACUUUUUCUCUCUCUUCUCGUCCAUCUGUCUCGUCUGAGUGGCUGCCUUCGUUCGUAUGUGAGUGUUUGUUUGUUUGUUUGGGAGUCAUUUGCUGAAUGUGUCUUUUCCCAUGCAUGUGUCGAAUGAAUCGUCUGAACCCACGUGGGCACCAUCCGUGUGCUUCGUGUGGUGGAGGGAGGGAGG